AGGGCGCACACGACUGUAACCAAGAUGGCGGCCCGCGGUUAUGUCUGUAUUUUCCGUUCCGUUGUAUUUUCCAGUACGCCGGAGUUGGUUUCGGUAUAGUUCGUGAUGAAUCAUCGCUGCUAAUGUGUUCUAUUUAUAACUAGUUUCCUCUUCGUUGCACCAGUAUGGGUGGUUACAGUAUAGUGGAAUAUUUUUACGAGCAUAAAGGACACAAAUGUGGCUACUGCAAAUCAGCUUCCUCGAGCUUCAGCUGUGGUAUGUGGGCACAUAUUCUGACUCCCGAAGUGUACGACAAAUUGUUAGACCGAGGCUGGAGACGGUCCGGAAAAUAUUGCUACAAGCCAAUAAUGAAGAAGACAUGCUGUCGCCAGUACCCUAUUAAGUUGGAUGUAUCCAAUUUCCGACUUUCCAACUCCCAGAAGAAGACGUUGAAAAAAAUGCACAGGUUCCUGGCAACGGGAGAACGUUCCAAAACCCCAGCGACGUCCACCACACCAGAAGAUGACGAAGGAAUGGGAGAUACUUUCUUCGAAGGCGGAGAGAUUCAAAAGAGAACUGAUAUUAGUUCGGAUAUUUGUAUUGACGAUGUCACCAAUUCUUCUGCCGCACGGGUGACUCAGUCCCGUACACAGACGUCGCGACAAGCAAAUACCCAAUCAGCGCAACAUCAGAGCACAAAGGAGUCAUCUCCAAAACAGGAUUCGCCAAGAAAGGGUCAAGGUCCUGACCCCAGUAAACCCAAGUGCAUGAAAGCCAAAGAGCUUAGAAAGCAGCGCAAGCUUCAGAAACUCGCGCUCCGAGGCGAAACCUCCCUACCCGAGAAAAAAAAGAUACCAAACAGCACACCCAAGAGCCUGGAAGACUACCUAAACGAGCCCCUACCGGAGAACCCCGCCCACCGACUCAAAGUGGUCACGGUCCGAUCGUGCCCGCCCUCGCCGGAGUUCGACGCGACCUUGACGGAGUCGUGGAAGGUGUACGAGAGCUACCAGAUGCAAGUCCACAAGGACCCCAAGAGCGAAUGCGACAAAGAACGCCACCGUCGAUUCCUCGUGGACUCCCCGUUGCAGCACGAAGCGAACGCCGCCCACGGAUUCGGAUCGUUCCACCAGCAGUACUGGCUCGACAACGAGCUGAUCGCCGUCGGAGUGAUCGACAUCCUUCCGACCUGCGUCUCUUCCGUGUACCUGUACUACAAGCCGGACUACGGUUUCCUCUCUCUCGGCACGUACGCCACUCUGUGGGAGAUCGCCUUCACGAGGGAGCUCCGCCGGACUUGUCCGGGCAUCACGCGUUACUGCAUGGGCUUUUACAUCCACUCCUGUCCGAAGAUGAGGUACAAGGGCAACUUUUCUCCGUCGUACUUGCUGUGUCCGGAGACUUACACGUGGCAUCCGAUAGAAAAGUGCAAGCCGCUGUUGGAUAGGAAUAAGUACGCCCGCUUCGAGGAGGACGAGGCUCGGGGAGACGAGGACAGGGUGAUUGACGUCGACGAGGUCUUGAUCUUGUUUUUGCGUAAACUGCAGACGUACAGGAGGUACGCGAUGGUGACUAGUGGAGAGGACAGAGAAGAGGUGGAAGAGUACGCCACCCUUGUGGGCAGGGAGUGCACAGAGUCUGUCUUACUUUAUAGGAGUAGCACGUAAAAGGGUGCCGGUGAAUGCGUUGUUAGUAACUCGUUUUGUAGGAAUGGUAGCAUGAUUUUGUAAUAUCGUGAGCAGGUACUGAUUGCCUAUUAAUUGCAUCAUUGCUGUGUGAUGAAUCUCGAUGAAUAAAUAACGUAUUUAAAUACCUUC